GGGAGAAAAGUAUCACCGACAUGCGGACGGCAUGCUCCUCUUGCUCCCGCCCGCAAAACUUGCCAUGUCCACUUCAACCAUCUCUCAUGCGUCUCACGCUUUGUAGUCGGAACGUCGUGCGCAUGUGUAUGACAGGUAGGUGCGCCACGAUGCUUGCUGCUGCCAGUAUGACGCUAGUGUGUUGCCGUACUGCCAAGCGGACCUGCUCGGCUGCGAGUUACGGAAAGCAUCCAUUGGUGAGCGCGCAUAGGAGGCAAUGGCGGACUCGAGCAACGCCCAAGGAGGACCUAUAAGGUACCCAUCACCGCAACAACAGCAAGGUCUUCCAUUCUACCAGCAGAACACGCCUUCUACGCCGUAUCAGAAUGCGCCAGAUGUACAACAAGAACCGGGGCCGCAGGGAAUGUCUGAACCGUUGCGCGGGACAUCGAUUGGCGACGAUGCUCAGCUACGCGGUCUAGCGAACAUGGUUGGCGUUUAUAACGAGUACGGUGGGCCUAUAUCGCAUGCGCAUCCAGGUCAGGAGACGCCGCAGCCGCCGCCUUCCUAUCCGCCAACCACAGAUCAACCUGUCGCUGUGUCCUUGUCAAUCCCUCCGAAGCAGAGGGAGCGCACAAAGGUGAGCAGAGCGUGCGACGAGUGCCGGCGGAAGAAGAUCAGGUGUGAUGCCGUUGAUGAGACCGGGAUUACGGCUUGUUCGAACUGCGCAAGAACAGGCGCGAUAUGCGCGUUUAGUAGGCAGCCUAUGAAGCGCGGACCGAGCAAAGGCUAUAUUAAAGAGCUCGCCGAACGACUCGACAGCUUGGAAAGUCAGGUCCAUUCGCCUGGCGGGGCUGCUGUCUCGCCACAGGCGCGAUACGAAAUCCAGCAGAUGCAGCAGGUCAUUGCUGCGGAGGGAUAUGGCAGAGAUGUGCGGUCUUUGCAAGAUGCUCCUCAUCCUAGAGUUGGCGAGAAGAGAUCUAUUGACGCUGUGGAAGCAGCCCUUUUGGCGUCAAGGGUCGAGCGCCAACCGUCAGGACAACGUCAGCUUGCCAUUCGAGGCAGAGACUGGACCGGCGACUGUUGCCUUCGAUUGGGAUGAAGCAGUGGUUGACGAGUACUACCGCCUGAUCCAUCAGACCUUUCCAUUAUUGCCCAGCAGCAAGCACCGCCUCCGUCAGCGAUUGGCAAGCUGCCCUGCAUCGCUACGUGAGGCGUUUCUUGCAGCUCUUGACUGCUUAGCGCGUACAUUCCCGACGACCACUUUGCCACCCAGUGCCAACGAUUCCCAGGCGCUCAAACGUGCAGCUGAAUUGCUCGCAAGGUAUCCAUUUGACAACCCCAGCAGUCACAACAACGCGACGAACCUGCUGUAUCUUCAGACUCUACUCCUGAUGGCACUUGAGAGCGACAACC